UACAAACCUGAAACCUCCCCCGGUGGCAGCUGGUGCAAGAUUAGCUCAGCUCCCGGUAUCCAUAGAGCAGUGAUCGAUGAAGCUGUUCGCGUUCGUCAGGCGCGCGCGCCGGACAUCAACGGCGGCGAUGGCACCGGAGCCGGUUCCCGUGGCGGCUGAGGACGCGGCGGCGCCCGCGUCCGCCGCGGAGAAGCGGCGGCGGAGGCUGUCGUCGGGAUCGACGUCGUGGAAGCCGACGCUGGUCGCCAUCUCAGAGGACGCAGCGCUGGCCGCCGCAAAGGCCGAGGCGAAGGGGAAGCCGGCGGCGGCCAAGGCCAAGGCGAGGCCGUCGCCUCGCGCGUCCCGGACGUCUGACUACGACGACUUCCGACGCUUUGGGCCACCUUCGGCGUUGCCGGCGUUCUCACCGACGGCGUUCCUGUUCUGAGCUCAGGCGAGCUAGUUGGGUCGUGACCAGACCUUGUAAUGUGUCAUGUGUGGGUUGGGUUUCACCAUCAUCCUGCUCUGCUCAAAUCUGAGCUUUCAAAGCUGAUGCUACUGUGAUUCCUUCGUGCUUGCUACUGAUGUGCAUAUGUGUAAUGUUUCACCCAACUGGCAUUUCCCAUCGUUUUCUCA